AUGGCUGAGCAAGUUCAACAACCCACGUUCCCUGACCUUUCUGGUGGUAUUGACUAUACAAAAUACACCGUGGAGGAUCCCGAGAAUACCCGAGGAGGAGAGAUUGCUGGUGAGCCCUACGUGCAGCCAAGUCUCUUCAUGCACAUUUUGAAAUCUCUCAAGCCUGGGCAGGACUUGACUCGAGUACUGAUUCCUGUGUUUUUCCUUGCUCCUCGAUCUUUGUUGGAGCAUUUGGGCGAUAUGUUGAUGCACGUUGAUUUGCUGGACGCCCCUGAAGUCCAGGGUGACGAUCCAUACAAGCGUUUCAUGUGCAUCUUAAAAUGGUACCUCUCCAGCUGGCACUACAAAACUCAUGGUUGCAAGAAGCCCUACAACCCCAUCAUCGGCGAGACCUUUUCCUGCAUCGUGGACACGGGCGCCAGCCGCGUGAGCUACGUGGCCGAGCAGGUGAGCCACCACCCGCCCGUGUCCGCGUUCUACCUGGAGAACCAGAAGCAGGGCUACUGCGCGAACGGGUACAUCUGGACCAAGUCGCACUUCACGGGGAACAGCGCCUGCGGCUCCAUGCUGGGCAACAUCGAGGUCUUUUUCCCGCGGUUCGGCGAAGUCUAUUCCACGAUGAUCCCCGCGUUCGCAGGGACGGGUCUGUUCAUCGGCACGCUGCGCAUGCAGCUCAUCGACAAGCUUUCUCUCCACUGCGCGCAGACCGGCUUCAAGGCCGACAUCGAAUUCCAUGGAAAACCGCUCUUCGGCGGCGACUACAACCGCGUCACCGCGGUUAUCUACCACAACGGCACACCCAUCCACCGCCUCCGCGGUCACUGGGACUCCGCCUUCUACCUCGCCGGUCCCGCGGGGGAGAACGAGGAACUCUUCCUCGACGUGACGAAACUCCCCGUGCUGCCGAAGAAAGUGCUGGAAAUCCCGCGGCAAGGCCCCUUCGAAUCGAGGAAACUGUGGAACUCGGUCACGUGCGCGAUCCGACGGCCGGAAGGACCCGACUGGAAGACGGUGGAAAAGGAGAAGACGCGGCUGGAGGACGCGCAGCGGAAACUGCCGUGCCAGCAGAAGCACGAGAGCCCCGAGUACCGUCCGUGGACGCAGAAAUUGUUCGUGAAGGUGCCGCAUAAUGGAGUGGGGAAGAUGGAAACGGGGUACAGAUUCAAAUGGUUUGAUCUGGACAUGGUGAAGCCGGAUGCGCCGUACCGAGACUUUUUGGCCUUGUCGAGGAAUGCGAAGGAUGAGCGUGUGGAUGUGGAGCCUUUUAGUGCAUAAAGUGGGUUUGUUUACGUUUUUU